UGGGGGUAGGGCCGUGGAAGCGUUCUCUUCUUCCGGAAAGGAUUGUGUUCCGCGCAUUGAUUAAUAAUUCACCUUCCUGGUUUGAAGACUACCUUGUCAGGAGGAAACGGAGGUGUACCAUCUGAAGCAGAAUACAGGCUGUGAGUGGGUCAUCAGGCAGUCUCCCUAUGUCCGCCCGAAACGGGUCUGCAAGUGAUGCAGACUGCCGGAUCUCUGAGGACUGCCAUGUCCCAGAUGUUGAGCUGAUGGAGCUUGGGCCGCUGCUUGAGGAGGGAGGGGGGCGGCAGGCAGCAUCCAAAGGCGUGGUGUCAGAGGGAGCUGCAAUGCUUGCUGAAGAGGAAGAGGAUGAUGAGGUCGAAGAGGUUCUAACCUUACCACUUCAGGCUCACCACGCCAUGGAGAAGAUGGAGGAGUUUGUACAUAAGGUUUGGGAGGGGCGCUGGAGGGUCAUCCCCUUCCAUGUCCUGCCAGAGUGGCUAAAGGACAACGAUUACCUUCUGCAUGGACAUCGGCCCCCAAUGCCGUCCUUCCGGGCUUGUUUUGGGAGCAUCUUCAGAAUUCACACUGAGACAGGAAACAUCUGGACUCACCUUUUAGGGCUGAUCUUAUUCAUUUGUCUGGGUACGUUGACCAUGCUGCGGCCCAACAUGUAUUUUAUGGCCCCGCUGCAAGAGAAGGUGGUGUUUGGGAUGUUCUUCCUGGGAGCUGUGCUCUGCCUGAGCUUUUCCUGGCUUUUUCAUACAGUCUACUGCCACUCUGAGAAAGUGUCACGCACCUUCUCCAAGCUUGACUACUCUGGCAUUGCCCUCCUGAUCAUGGGCUCCUUCGUUCCCUGGCUGUACUACUCCUUCUAUUGUUCUCCUCAGCCUCGACUUAUCUACCUCACCAUUGUAUGUGUCCUCGGCAUUGCAGCAAUCAUAGUUGCCCAGUGGGAGCGGUUCUCUACACCUCGUCACAGACCUACAAGAGCAGGUGUGUUCAUGGGUCUUGGACUAAGCGGCAUUGUCCCCACCAUGCAUUUCACCAUCGAGGAGGGCUUUGUUAAGGCAACCACAGUCGGCCAGAUGGGUUGGUUCUAUCUGAUGGGUGCCAUGUAUAUCACUGGUGCUGGUCUCUAUGCAGCAAGGAUCCCUGAACGAUAUUUUCCUGGGAAAUGUGACAUCUGGUUCCACUCUCAUCAGAUUUUUCAUGUUCUGGUUGUGGCGGCAGCAUUUGUCCAUUUCUACGGGGUUUCCAACCUUCAGGAGUUCCGCUACGGCCUUGAGGGAGGAUGUACAGAUGACACCCUACUCUGAGAGGCCUGACUGUGACUUACUCAUACUUUUCUUUGUAGUCACACACACACCACAUAAACAGACACACACACACAAUCACUUAAAAUGCUGCUGGAAUUCAAUAUAGUCAUUUAUUGCUCUUUCUGUACUUCUGAUUUGCUAACAUCUUGUUUGGGUUUUGGUGGUAUUUCUGUUUGGCUCUUUUUUGCUCCAAUAAAGUAGCAUUAAUUAGCCAUUGAACUGCUGAGGGAACCUUCAAUAGGCCCUACUUCUACAAUAAUUAUUAAACUUGAAGUCUACAUGUUCAAGUAAGGUCAAACUGGUAACCAUAAUUAUAUAUCCCUGUAACUGAUGGUCACUUCUUAGAAGCUCACUAGUACCCCAACCUGUUUGUAGUCUGUUACUGGUGCACAAAGGGCACAGAGAGUAUUAUUUGUGCUGUAGCAGAGGGCACAUACUGUAAACCCUUCUUCCCAGUUUCCAUGCAGGUUAAAGGAUGAAUGUACUGUCCACCAGGCGUGAGGUGUAGAGCAGUCGGAACCAUUUAGGUCCUUGAAGGCAUGCACACACACCAGAUGUUUUCUAACUGUGCUGACGCUGACUAUGCGGCUGAGUGUUAAACCCUGGAGGCCCCCUACAGACUCAUCCAUGCCCAUGCUCUGCAAAGAAACAUGAACUACACGCUUAAGGCCCAGAUAAUCAAUUUAAAAUCAAAUUAUUAUUAAAAGAAGAUCUUAUAAAUAUGACCUAGAGAUGGGGUAAAACAAGGUGCAAUACUUACUAAAAUUAUCAAAUACCAAGGCACGCUGUACUUGAACAAACUGAUACCUGAGUUUCUUUCUUUUAACAUUUGACAAGUGCUAAACAAAUGGCACAGAAGAUAUAGAAGUUAAAAAAAGGUCCCCUGCCAUAAUCUGUGAAUCGGACAACGCAUUGAUUCAUUUCCAGAGUAAUAGUUCCUGGGUGUUGCACAAUGUAUAGAUCUGGAUAGUUCAACUUGUGUUUUUGUUAGCUAGAGCUUUUUCUUUUGUGCUAGAUUUCAGAUGCAAUGAGAGGUAAAUAUCAAAUGCACCUUAGUGUAUUCUAUUAAAUUCAAAACUUUAAAUCACUGUAUGGGAUUUAAAAUGUGUUAUGUAUGAUUGAUAUAAACUUUUAGUAUUCCUGUGCCUUAGGCCAAUGGAAAUGUUUUUAAAUAAAACGGCCUAUCUUAACAGUCAAGUGAGCUUCAAGGAUAUCCAGAUGUUGAUUUUUCUUGUUUUCCUUGCCAUAUAAACAAUCAAAUCAUUAUUGAAUUUAAAACUCCAUGGAUAGGUUGUAUCAACUGCUGUUUAAGACUCCUUUUUCUAGAUCAACUUAUUCAAGCUUUAUUACAAAGACUAAAACAAUGUGUAUUCUUGACCCAGUGUAAUGUCCUGUGUAGAAAGUGAUAAAUCAUACAUUUCACAGAAAUGUAAACAUAAAUAUUUAUUAAUUGUAAUCUUGGAAAAUUAUGUAAUAAAUUGUUUUCCACAUGUACAAA